CCGGCAGCGAGGAGCGACCGCACCGGCCAGUGGCGACCGACCACGGCGCCUCCUCUCGACUCGCGAGUCACCGAGUCACUAGUCGUAGACUCGUAGUCAGUCAGUGCUCGCGCUGCCAGCCGCCAGCCCGCGUGGCUCUUGUGACCACGCACGUUCGCAUUCGCAUUCGAACACACGUUCCGAGUACGAUAGUCUCUGACCACUUGCUUGUGUCGAGACGAAACUUUUAUUUCAAUUUUCAACCCGCUUUCUUCUGAAUACCCGUGCUUCGAUUUCUGUUUUGUGCGAUCUGUUUUCGAUCUUUUAAUAGUGAAGUGUAUAGCUGAAUGGCAUAAUUGAAGGAAAACCGAACUGAAUCGAAAGCUGGUGUUGCGCGGGGGUCGCGGGACGCGGGGGUGUGAUGCGAGGGGCGCGCAGCGGCGUGCGCCGGCGCCGCGAGUAACGACCAUGCGACGCCCGCCCACAACACUCGCCGUCGCUUGCCUCGUGCUACUCGCUGUCUGCGCCGACCCUGUGCUAGCCGAUGUCGCCAGCUUUAUCAAGGGUGACCGUGCUCCGUGCUCUAACGAAGGCGAGGUCGUCCGUCUCCAGGAUUCAAAGCUCAAGCAGGACUGGAGUAGCUGCUUCCGGUGUAUUUGUAAGAACGGAUUUGUGGAGUGCCGCAAGGGUGCAGAGGAGUGUGCUCUAAUGGAGGACUGCGCGGUUGUGAUGCCUCGCGAGGGUUGCUGCGCGCGCUGCAAGGGCUGCUGGUACAACGGCACGGAGCACGCUUCGCACACAGAGUGGAACGACGAUGGGAAGUUGCUUCGCUGCGAAGCGGGAGUCGUGACUAUAUCGCGCCCGGAGUGCUACGUGCCUUGCGACUCGCCGAAGCAUCAGAGACAUACACAUUAUAAUUGUCCUGUUUGUGAAGAAUGUAUCAUCAACGGCCAACCAGUUUGGGAAGGUCGUGAUGUCCGUAUAUCAGAGGAGCCGUGCUUGUCAUGCCGCUGCGUGCGCGGGGCGCUGUCCUGCACCAAGCGCGCCUGCCCAGUGCUGCCGUGUGCUGUGUCUCAGCAGUAUACGCCCUCUGGAGAGUGCUGCCCAAGAUGCUUACAUCCCACCGCUGAUAAAAUACUUCCAAUUUCAGGUUAUUCGCUACCGAAACCAUGUAUAAUUGGCAAGGAAUAUCAUGCACAUCUAAGUCCAUUCCGAGUAGACCCAUGCACAGACUGCACAUGCAUGAAUGGCACAGCCGUGUGCACGCGGCACACGUGCCCUGUGCUGACUUGCGGAGCCCGAGCGUUGCCCCCUCCUCCUGGUAAAUGCUGUCCAGAAUGCCCACAGAUUGAAGAAGCCAAUACAGCCUGUGUCGUAGCUGGAAAAACUUAUCAAGAUGGAGAAACGUGGCAACUAGAUGCAUGCAAAUCUUGUGAAUGCCAUGGUGGAGAGCCACGGUGUGCAAUGGAACGAUGCAAAACAAUGAGUUGUCCCUCUGAUCAAACACUACGACAAUUACCUGGACAAUGCUGCCCAAAAUGCGUCGACAUUGACGGAAUUUGCACAGUUUUUGGAGAUCCCCACUAUAAAACUUUCGAUGGGAAAUUUUAUAGCUUCCAAGGUUCUUGCAAGUAUCAAUUGGUAUCGGAUUGCAAGAACCACACAUUCUCGAUAAGAAUAUCGAAUGACGCGCGGAACACUUCACAUUCCUCAUGGACGCGUACAGCGACACUUCGCAUCGGGUCUACUAAAAUAAAUAUGGGGAAGAAAAUGCGAAUUAAAGUUAACGGAGAGAGAGUUACACUUCCUAAUACUAUAAAUGGUGUGGCUGAUAUAAGCCGGAGCAAUGGAUCCGUUAUAUUGAAAGCCAAUAUAGGAGUGCAAAUGUUAUGGGACGGCGAUGGUUUUCUCGAAGUGACCGUGUCUAGUUCGUACAAAGGCAAACUGUGCGGGCUUUGUGGGAACUUUAAUUCAGUAGCUAGAGACGACAUGAGAUCCCGCGAUGGCAGACUGUUGACUGAUACUUGGAGGUUUGGAUCGUCGUGGCGGGUUGGAGGUCAUCGCGCUUGCACUCGGAAGCAGGAAAGACCGGGUGGGAUCUCACGAUGUCGGCAAUCGAAACUGCCCAAAGUGAGAAGAUUGUGUCGUGUAUUCGACCAUCACAAGGCUUUCGCGGAGUGUGCAGCUAAAGUGAAUCCACACAAUUAUAAGGAAGCGUGUCUUCUGGAUGCCUGUAGCUGUACGGGUUACCGAUGUCACUGCGCGGCUUACAGAGCUUACGCGAGAGAGUGUGCGCGUGUAGGAGCAGAGCCUCUGAAUUGGGUGCACGCAGCGUUUUGUGAAGGUCCGCCGCCGCAGUGGCUCAACCGAGGAGGACGCAAGGGUUUCGGCCGCUCCGCCACGCCCAAGGACACCAACUUGUUGAACAUUGGGGCGCUGCCGAAACGGAACAAUAGCCGCUCCCGACCUCCCCCUCCAAUUUUGCACUACAAAAACUUGCGGCAACAAAAUUACUAGUCAAUGUGGCAUAAUGUGAGAAUGUAAUCGAAAUCGGAUGGUUAUUGUACGAGUGGGUCGCACCUGUGAGGCGCGACGCUUUAGGAACGAAGAUCUAUUUACAUAAACAGUAUUCAUUUAAACUACUUAUAGUUAGGUAAACAAGCUGUUAUAUAUUACGAUGUACCAACUGUACAUUUAUAGUACCUCGCCAAAUGACCAGCUUCUAUUUCGAAAUGAGUAGAUACCUAAUCAUUCCCAUAUUUAGGUACUUGUUUUGCUUUGUGAACGUUAGAUGGAUGUUUGAUAAUGGAUUUUGUUCGAGGCUUGACUUCUUCACUGUCAACGUUCUUAGUAAUUCUCGAAUCGUUAACGCUAUUCGUUUACUCUUUAGUUAUCUAUGAUCAAAUUAUACUUGUAACUGCACGGAUGUUUCACAUUGUAUUCUCUUGUUUAUAGUUUUGGCCGAGGAACUAAUAUUUUUUAUUCAGAUUAGUUGUUUUUUAAAAUUAAAAAACGCAAGUUUAAGAAUACUUGAUUCAAGAUUUUUACACGUAUCCAACGUAACAUUUUUAAAAGAUAAAAGUAAUCCACUUAGUUGCAAUAAAUACCCACCUAUCUUUGUAAUUACUUACGGAAGUUAAAUAUUUGCUAGGUUACUUUAUUUUUGCACUAAAAUGUAAACAUUAAAAGUAACUCUCCAAAAUUACGACCUAUAAAUUUAUGAUGAUCGAAAAUUUAGCCCCGUUGGUUCUCUAUAACUUAUUUUAUACUAUUAGAAUUAUAUAUGUAGAUAGUUUUGAAAACUUUUGGUUUGGUUUUGAAAGAUAUUUUGAAUUUUGAUGAUCGUUAAGCUUAAUUCCUGUCUUGUAGUUUCGACUAUUGAGGGUUGCAUUUGUUAAAUAAUGUUGGAUGUAUUAACAUGUCAACAAAAUGUGAUAAAUAGCUUUGGAUAUGACUUCAGACAGGAGACGUUUGAAUAACAUAGUUCAAAUUAAGAUCUCAUCUGUAGAUAGUUUACAAAAUCUUAGAUCUAGCCGAAGCCAAGAAGCUAAAAUGAUUAUAUUGUGUACCUUAUAUAAUUACACUUUGGAAUGAAGUGUCUCAAAUUGUUUAUCGAAAUGUAUACGGUAAAAGGAGCGGGUCUAUAUUUGUGAGCAUCUAAAGGUUUCGUUGUGCAUGAAAAAAGAAUAGAAGCGCAUAUUUCAUGUCUUGCUACUACACCGAUGGAUGCUUAGCAUUAUCCUAAUAUUAACAAAAUGAAUAAUUUAUGACUGUACAUAUUAUUUUGAUCUAUUCCACUAUACAUAAUAAUGUGUAACGAUUAUUUUAUUAUAAGAUAUUUAAGUUUAGGAAUUGAUUUAAAUUUUAGUUGUUAAAUGCGUUACCAAUGAAUUUUAAUAUUUGACUUUGAUCAUGCUGAAUUCGACGUAUAGGUGUUUUAUAUUAAUAAAGAUUUAUAAGGCAUGCCCUUACUUGUGCGUUUUUAUCUUCAUGUUGCAUCAUCAGGUUAUUAAUUCAAACGAAAUACACCGUGCUAGGUUCACCGUCUGUAAGCCGCCCUGACAUUUAUUAGUUCAAUACAAGAAACCCCAUAACAAUAUUCAAACCUCAAACGAAUUCACACGCUAGCGAAAAAAAAAAUCAAUUAAAAAAAAAUAAACAUCCUGUUUAAUUAUAUUUCGUAAGUAUGAAGUUAUUGAACUUCGACCUAGUUUAGGGAAAGUAAAUUACCUCGGUUUCGGAUUUCGGUUUAAGACGAAGGAAACUUCCAGGUGUAUCAUUUUUAGUAAUGUAAGUACCUAUCAAGAAUCAAAUCAGAUGUUCUCGGAUUUUUCUGGACUAAGUACUGCCAUUUUGCACAGAAAUGAAUAAAGUCGUUAACUUUCAUGAUAGUCAAAACUAUGACGUGGAAAAACGCAUAAGUUUGGACAAAGCUAUCUAGUGUUGGUGUGAACUGCCAAAAAGAUUAUUGAAAUUUAUGCCUCAUAUAAUCUUUGACUGUUUGAUAAGAUGGACAGUUAUCUAAAAAUAAAUAAAUGUGGCUUAUUACUUGCAGUAGGUACUUUGAGUGCUAAAACGCUAUUAAAUCUUCAGUAUAAUUAAAUAAAACAACCUACUUACUAUAAAACAACAAAAUAUAAUAUUGCCACACACAUUGAAAAAAAAAGGCUAAUUGAUUUUUUAAACAGUAUUUUUAUAAUGCAAGAGCUAUAAUUUAAUUAUAUUUCAUUAAAUCGAAUCUUGGAGAUUUUUCUCUUUUUGGUUUUUUUGGAUCUUAGCAAUGUUACUGUAAAUUGCGCCUUCUAAUAUAUAGAGAAACUCACAAUUUAAAAACAUUUUUAACACAUUUGUCACUUAACCAAUAUCUACAUAUUGCAAUUUUGAAUCAUUACAUAAUUGUUAUUUUGAACUGUCUCCGUUAAACAGCCUUGCUAUUGAAUUUUAAAAAAUCAAAAUGCAAAUUCAUUUAGUAAUUUUCCAAUUAAAUUUGUAAUUUCGUCUACUUACACUUAAUCUUUUAUUUGCAUUCCCUUUCAAAAUAAUAUCUUUGGGUUAUUUUAUAAGUCUACGUUUUAUGUAGGCUUUUAAGUAAGUUAUUUGAGAUUGAUUUAUGUUAUUUUAAGAUAAUGCAAACCUUGUCGCCAUAUUAUUAAUAUAUUAUAUUUUACUAUGACUUAAGUAUAAUAACUUGUAUUAUUUUCAUACGAGUAUUUUUACAAGUGUAUAAUUUAAAUAUAAAUAUUUUAUCGCUCUCUGAUAUAGUAUACAUAAUAUUUCCAUAAAGAUUUAUCUUGUAAUUGUAAUUAAUAUUUUUUUUAAAUAUAAAAAUAAAGUUAAAAUAUAAUAUAAAAAUACAUAUUAUAACAUUAUUGAUGUUCAGAUGAAAUAAGUAUUCGGUGGUGCGUUUAUCCAAAUUUGAAUGUUUAAAUAAUGCAUUUCUAUCUUAAAUGUUUAGAUAAAAAUAUUUAAUUAUAUAAUCGAUUUGAAGUUAAAAAAUUCCAGAUAAAAUUAAUGAAUAGGAUUGUUUCUUGCAGUUUCUGCACUUUAAUAUUGAUAUAACAUAUAAGUAAUCAAAAUACUUUGACAACGACUGCCGAUAUACUUACCUACAUUGAAAUAGGUAAAUAACUGUUUUCAAUAUAUUUAUUACAUUUUUUCAAUAUAUUUCAUUAUGUACUAACAUAUUUAAUUAAAUAUGUUAUUUACAUUAUAUGUUUAUUUACGCAUAAUUUACCUACAAUUAAAACAUUGCCUGAUGCUCGUAUUAGGCAUAAAAUUAUUAAAAGGCAGUUCCUAGUCAUCCGAUAAUUAAUUAAUUCAACCAUUUUAACAACUACUAAUGACAUAAAUAUAUUCUUAAGUCUAAUUCUAUAUUCUUCAUAGUUACGUAGCACUCGUGCUGUCUAAUGUGACAUAUUAUACACAAAAAUCACUCGUGCUACAAUGACCCUCAUUACAUGACAGUGGCAUAAAUACCUAUUAUCGGACGAUUAGCGAUAAAUUAGCCAGGCAAUAAGGUAAGGUACCUAGACACGACCAUAUUACUAUAUAUACGAGUAUAUUAUAUUCAAUCAGUACCGAAGUUAUGCGUUGAAUAUAACAAAUAUUUUAUAUUUUGUAACGUAUAUAAAUAUUUUAAUUUAUAUGAACAUUUUUAUAGUUUUAUGACAUUUUCCUAGUUACAGCCUUGUCACUUGUUAAUAUUAUCUAAAUGAUUAUUGUAUUUUUAAUAUAAUUUUCGACACUUUGUGUGUCAACAGUGAAACUAUUCGACGAUCAAAGAAUUACCUAAAUAUAAUAUAAUAUUCA